AUGUUUUCUAAACGUGGGACUCUCAGCUUCGUGCUAUUGGCAAGUGUUGCGCUAGUUUUAAUCGCCUCAACGGAAGCCACAGACUUGAUUAUCGGCACUGCGGGUCCACACGAUCAUCUGGCUCAACACGAAUUUUUGAAGAAGCCAUCCAGGUGGUUUCAAGUUAUUACUGCCGACAGAACCUUCACCACUACGUCAGGUGAACUGAUUUCACAAGUGCGAUUGCUUGAUCAGAAUAAGAAAGGAAAUGGCGCCACUGCUUCUGUUACUGCUGGGGGACCUGGUUUCCAAUUCGUUAGCGUUCACUUUAAAAGCAAGCGUGGACACAGCAUCGACUUCCUCGCUGAGCUCUAUGGACAGUAA